CACACCAACGGAGCUUUGAAGAGAGGUCCUUUCCGGCCUCGAACCCUCAUCUCUCUCCACGAACGCGAACUCGAGACUCUCUCCAGCUCCCUCGACCCUCUUCGGCUGUUCAAGAACCCUCGCUCCCCCGACGGUCGCCUGAAACCCUCGCCCUUUCUUCCUCUUUCUCUCCAGAGAAAGAAGCCCUAGAAGGGCGUUUCUUUCUUCGCUGCCGCUAUGCUUCCCUUCUCCGCCACCGUCUCCAGCCAGAUCCGUCUCCUGCUUCAGAGCUUGAACGAUUCCAACUUCGAUUCGAUCUUGCGCGAGCUCUGUCAGCUUGCAGAAUAUGGAAGCGAAGGUGGCAUUUUGUUGGUUCAAACUUGUUUAGACCAGGUGAAAUUCAAUGGUGAAGAGAUUCAGAACCUGCAGCUGAAACGGGAUCUUGUAUCUGCCAUUUUUAAGUUUUUGCUUGAUAGACCAAAUUUCAGCACAGUUUUUAGUGAAGCAUUAAAAGGUACAUCAAUGAGUGAAGGUUUUCUAAAAGAUCUUUCAAGUGCAUUAAAUCUUUCAGUAGCGGAGAAAGUUGGCAUUGGACUUGCUCUGGCUGAUUCUGAAAUUCCAGAUUUGAAAAUUAGAGGGCAAAAUUUCUGCAUUGCUCAGAUUGAGGAACUAUGUGCAAAUCCUACCUCCAUUAUAUCUAAUGAGCGAAUUCAGGAUAUUGUUAUGUUUCUCUAUCAGUCCGAGGGUCUUUCAAAGCAUGUAGAUUGUUUUACCAAAAUCUUAUCUUUAUUACAGCUCAAAGACAGCUCUUUCUUUCUGCCAACCACAAUGCUUACAAAUGACAACUCUUGGAGGUAUUUGGAUCUAUUCUCUGGAUGCUCUGGCAAUGAUUUUGAGACUGUUUUAGCGGAGAUAGAGAAGGAAAUGAGCAUGGCUGAUGUUAUGACAGAAGUGGGCUAUGGUUGUACAAUUGACACUUCACAUUGCAAAGAGAUGCUCUCUCUUUUUCAACCCCUCAAUGAUGUGACACUUUCUAAGCUACUUGGCGCAAUUGCUUGUACUCAUACUGGUCUUGAAGAUGCCCAGAACACAUACGCAACAUUCUGCGCAGCUGUUGGUAGCACCUCAGCAAGUGAUUCUUCAUUGUUGAAUUCAUGGAAUGUUGAUGUCCUUGUAGAUUCGAUUAAGCAACUUGCUCCAAAAACAAAUUGGACAAGUGUCAUGGAAAACCUAGAUCACGAGGGCUUUAAUGUUCCUGAUGAGAAAUCAUUUUAUCUUUUAAUGUCUAUAUACACUAAAGCAUGUGAGGAUCCAUUUCCUCUCCAAGCUGUAUGCGGGUCUGUCUGGAAGAAUGCUGAAGGCCAAUUAUCUUUUUUAAAAUAUGCUGUGGCGGCACCACCUGAUGUAUUUUCAUUUGCGCAUUGUUCAAGACUAUUGACAUUUGCUGAGUCAGCAUAUCUGAUGAAGAAACAAGGAAAUCAGGCAUGGUUUUGUCUAGAUCUUUUGGAGGUUUUAUGUCAACUUGCCGAAAGAGGCCAUGCUAGUUCAGUUCGACUGAUGCUUGAACACCCUCUAACUUACUGUCCAGAGGUUUUACUUGUUGGAAUUGGUCACAUAAAUACUGCAUAUAAUCUCCUCCAGUAUGAAGUAUCUUCCACUGUAUUUCCUGUGAUAUUAAAAGAUUCUACAAAGAUUGCCAUCAUCCAUCAUCUCUGGCGUGUUAAUCCGAAUCUUGUCCUUCGAGGAUUUGUAGACACACAUACUGAUCCCAAUAAUCUACUAAAAAUUCUGGACAUUUGUCAGGAAUUGAAGAUUUUGUCGCCAGUAUUGGAUGCAACCCCAUUUCCAUUCAGCAUUAAAUUGGCUGCAAUUGCUUCUCGGAAGGAGCACAUAAAUCUUGAGAAAUGGUUAAAUGAGAAUUUGAGUACAUAUAAAGAUGCUUUCUGUGAGGAGUGCCUUAAGUUCUUAAAAGAAGUACUUGAUGAUGGGGCAAAUGAUGCUACGGAUAGUUCUGUUCAACAACAACGUGCUGCUAUUAUGAAUGUUUACCAAGAAACAUGCUCUACAUUCUUCAAGGUUCUUCAAGCCCAUCCUGGGCAGCUUGUUUCUCACCAACUUUUUGAAGAAAUAAAGAGGCUGCAUGUUUCAUCUAACCCAAAGAUUCAGAGUGCUGUAACAGAUGCAGCAGCUUCUGAUGGAAGCUCAGAAGCUAUAGAGGCAGAGGCAAACACUUACUUCCAUCAAAUGUUCUCAGGACAGUUGUCCAUUGAUGCAAUGGUUCAAAUGCUUGCACGUUUUAAAGAAUCAUCUGAUAAGAGGGAGCAGAUGAUAUUUGAUUGCAUGAUUGCAAAUUUAUUUGAAGAGUACAAGUUCUUCCCCAAGUAUCCAGAUAGGCAACUAAAAAUAGCUGCUGUGCUUUUUGGUUCUCUUAUAAAGCAUCAACUUGUCACUCAUCUCGCACUUGGUAUUGCUUUGCGUGGAGUUCUUGAUGCAUUGCGUAAAUCUGUUGAUUCAAAGAUGUUUAUGUUUGGUACCAAGGCCUUGGAGCAGUUCAUGGAUCGUUUGGUAGAAUGGCCACAAUACUGCAACCAUAUAUUACAGAUAUCUCAUUUGCGUGGAACACAUGCUGAAUUGGUUUCUGUCAUUGAACGGGCACUUGCAAGAGUUUCGUCCAGUCAGUCAGAGUCAAAUGGUGGUAACUCUCUGCCUACUGAUCAGCAACAAGGUUCUGGACCAGCUUCUGUAGAAAGCAUGGAGGCGUCUGAGGCAUCAUGGCAAUUGAUGGGAUCAGCCUCCACGCAGUUGGGGCAGCAAUAUUCUUCUUUGCAGCUGCAACAGAGACAUCAGGGAUUUCUCGGUGACAGGCUUAGAGGCUCUACAACAUCUGCUAAUUAUUCAAAGCCCCUUUUAUCACAUACUUCACAAUCUGCAGUUGUUUCUGCACCUGUUGAUUCUGUUGCUAAUCAGAAGGCAACUGUUCCCCAAUCUUUGCAAACCACAAUUUCCCAUCAUUCCACUGGAGUGACAACUGCUGUUUCAUCGUCUCCUAGUUUUCUACGCGCUCGAAGUAUUGCGCCUGCAGGCAUGCUUCGGCAACCUUCUUACAGCACAGGAUUUGGGGCUGCCUUGAACAUUGAAACACUUGUUGCAGCAGCUGAAAGAAGAGACACUCCAAUAGAGGCUCCUGCACCAGAAGUUCAAGACAAAAUAUUAUUCAUGAUAAAUAACAUUUCAGCUACAAAUACAGAUGCUAAAGCAAAGGAAUUCAGUGAGGUUCUCAAAGAGCAGUACUAUCCCUGGUUUGCACAGUAUAUGGUCAUGAAAAGAGCAAGCAUUGAACCAAAUUUUCAUGACUUGUAUUUGAAGUUCUUAGACAAAGUUAACUCAAAAUUACUUAAUAAGGAAAUCGUUAAAGCUACUUAUGAGAACUGCAAGGUGCUGUUGAGAUCGGAUCUUAUAAAAUCAAGUUCAGAAGAACGUUCCUUGCUUAAAAAUCUUGGUAGCUGGCUCGGGAAGUUCACAAUUGGUAGGAAUCAAGCGUUACGAGCCAAAGAAAUAGAUCCAAAAGUUUUAAUAAUACAGGCAUAUGAAAAGGGAUUGAUGAUUGCUGUGAUUCCAUUUACCUCUAAGAUUCUGGAACCAUGCCAGUCCAGUUUAGCAUAUCAACCUCCAAAUCCAUGGACUAUGGGCAUUCUUAGUUUACUUGCUGAGAUAUAUAACCUGCCAAACCUCAAAAUGAACUUAAAAUUUGACAUUGAGGUUUUAUUUAAGAACCUGGGUGUGGACAUGAAAGAAGUUAAACCAACUUCACUUCUUAAAGAUAGGGUUCGUGAAGUGGAGGGGAAUCCAGAUUUUUCAAACAAGGAUGUGACUAUAUCCCAGCCACCAGUCAUUGCUGAAGCUAACACAGGAAUUAUGCAAACAUUGAAUCAUGUUGAGAUGCAACCUGAUGUCAACAGUGCAUCUCAUCCAGCAAGUCAUCCAAAUGUAUUGGCUCAGUAUACGUCUCCUGUCCAUCUUGCUUCAAAUACCAUGGGGGAGGAUGACAAAGUUGGAGGUCUAAUGGUACCUGAACGUGUUCCGUCUGGUCAGGGACUAAGUCAAGUUACACCAUCACCAUCACCAUUUUCUCUAAGUCAGGUUUUUUGUUUAUUCCACUUCACUUGUUUCAUUCUUCAUAGAUUAAUUCUUUUAUCAGUAUUUAAUUUCCAUGUUUAUGAUAUAUUUUUUUAUCUAUGUUUUUCACAGCUUCUGACAAUAAUUCCAAAUUCUGAUUCUUAUAUUAAUAUCAAUCCCAAGCUUAGUUCCAUGGGUUCACAGUUGCAAUUCCACAGAAUUAUUCAAGUCGCUAUGGAUAGGGCCAUCAGAGAAAUUGUCUCUCCUGUCAUUCAGCGCAGUGUUACAAUUGCUAGUCGGACAACUAAAGAACUUGUUUUAAAGGACUAUGCUAUGGAGUCAGAUGAUGGUAUUAUAUCUCGGGCAGCACAUUUAAUGGUUGGCACUUUAGCUGGAAGUUUAGCUCAUGUCACUUGCAAGGAACCUCUUCGUGUAGCUCUGUCAAGUCACCUUCGAAGUCUACUUCAGGCCAUAAAUAUUACUAGUGAACGUACGGAGCAGAUUGUUCAGAUUCUUACAACCGAUCAUCUAGAUCUUGGCUGUGCAGUGAUCGAAAAUGUUGCAUCAGAGAAGGCAGUGGAGUUGAUUGAUGGUGAGAUAGCUCCCUCAUUUGCUGCAUUAAGAAAACAGAGGGACGCAGCUGGCUCUGCCUACUAUGAUGCUGGUACCUACGCUCAAGGUCCAUUUGCACGUCUGCCAGAGGCACUUCGCCCUAAGCCUGGUCGACUAUCCCUUGCCCAACAGCGAGUCUACGAUGACUUUAUCAAGAAUAUAUGGCAAAAUCAAUCUGGUCAGAAUUCAAGUGCUGUGCCUUCUGGUCCACCUGCUAUGGCUAGUAGCUCAAGUAACUCUACCCUGCCUCGUGUUUAUGCUUCGAGUUCAGCCUCGUUGAAUUCUGGUGCCUUAUCAACUUCACAAGUAGCUCCGUUCAGCUCGGUAGCCCAGCCCUUGGAUCUGAUUGCAGAAGAAUCAGAUCGUGGUUCAGCACAACUACUUAGUGCCUCUCCAACUCAUGUCGGGGUGAAUGAUAUUGUUAUCCAAAGUGGUGAAGCCAAUUCUGUUGCGGCAUCAUUUCCUGCUGCUGCUAGUUCCUCUGAUCUGCAUAUGGUAGAAACAUCAACUGUUACCAAAGAACUGGGAUCUGCAGUACCACCAUCACCCACAAGUUCUGCUGCAGAUCGACUGGGAACUGUAUUACCUGAAUCAAUGUUGACUGCUGGAGAUGCAUUGGAUAAAUAUCAACAAGUUGCACAAAAGCUGGAAGCCUUGAUUGCUAAAGAUGCCAAAGAUGCCAGAGAUACUGAUAUUCAGGGAAUUGUUGCUGAGGUUCCGGAUAUUAUACUCAGAUGUGUAAGCCGAGAUGAGGCUGCAUUGGCUGUUGCUCAGAAGGCUUUCAAAAGUUUAUAUGAGAAUGCAUCAAAUGGUACCCAUGUUGCCUCCUACCUAGCUAUUCUUGCUGCCAUACGAGAUGUUUGCAAGCUUGUUGUCAAAGAACUGACGAGCUGGGUCAUAUAUUCGGAUGAGGAGCGGAAAUUCAAUAAAGAAAUAACAAUUGGUCUUAUUCGGUCUGAGUUGCUAAAUCUUGCUGAGUACAACGUCCACCUGGCAAAACUUAUUGAUGCGGGGAGGAAUAAAGCUGCUACAGAAUUUGCCAUAUCCCUAGUCCAAACAUUGGUCGUUCAGGAACCUGGAGUCAGUGCGUCAGAACUGUACAAUGUCAUUGAAGUCUUGUCAAAAUUAGCGACGAGGCCAGGGUCACCAGAGUCAUUGCAACAGCUAGUUGAGAUUGCCCGGAAUAAUAUGAACGCUGCACCUAACUUUACUGCCAGCGAGAAGGCCAGGCAGUCGAGGGAUAAUAAGAAGGUACUUUCUGGUCGCUCCUUGACAAACAGAGAGGAAUAUAAUGCUAAUGAUCCUAUAGUAGCAGAUCCUGCUGGCUUUCGAGAUCAGGUUGCUGUUCUCUUUAGUGAUUGGUGUCGGAUUUGUGAGCUUCCAGCUACAAAUGAUUCAGUGUAUAGUCAUUACAUAUCACAGUUGCAACAAAGUGGUUUGCUUAAGGGUGACGAUAUCACAGACCGGUUCUUCCGUAUUCUGAUGGAGCUUUCUGUUUCACAUUGUGUACUUCCUGAGCAAGUCAGUGCUCCAGGCUCAUUGUCACUUCAGUCAGCUCAGCAACUCCAACAAGUCCAGCAACUCUCCUACUUUUCCAUUGAUUCAUAUGCAAAGCUUGUGGUCCUAAUAAUGAAGUUCUGUUCAGUGGAUCAAGGAUCCAGUAAAGCUAUUCUUCUCCCGAAGAUCCUAUCUGUUACUGUAAGAGUCAUCCAAAAAGAUGCAGAGGAAAAGAAGCUGUCUUUCAACCCCAGGCCAUACUUCAGGUUGUUUGUUAACUGGCUUUUGGACCUUGCUUCUCUAGAUCCUGUCGUUGACAGUGCCAACUUUCAGGUGUUGACAUCUUUUGCAAAUGCUUUCCAUGCUUUGCAACCCUUGAAGGUUCCUGGUUGGAGCUUUGCAUGGCUGGAGUUGGUGAGCCAUAGAAGCUUCAUGCCAAAAUUGCUGAUGUGCAACUCGCCUAAGGGUUGGCCAUUUUUCCAGCGUUUGCUUGUUGACUUGUUCAAAUUUAUGGAGCCUUACUUGAGAAAUGCUGAGCUAGGAGAACCGGUCCAUUUUCUGUACAAAGGCACUCUAAGGGUGCUGCUUGUACUGCUUCAUGAUUUUCCCGAGUUCCUAUGUGACUAUCACUUCAGUUUCUGUGAUGUGAUCCCUCCCAGUUGCAUUCAAAUGCGGAAUGUUAUUCUCAGUGCAUUCCCUCGCAAUAUGAGGCUUCCUGAUCCUUCCACUCCCAACUUAAAGAUCGAUCUGCUAGCUGAAAUUAGCCAAUCCCCACGUAUUCUAUCUGACGUUGAUGGUGCUCUAAAAGCCAAGCAGAUUAAGGCCGAGAUUGAUGAGUAUCUCAAGACAAGGCCAGAAGGAUCUCCCUUUUUGACCGAAUUGAAGCAAAGAUUUCUGCUUCCCCAAAGUGAGGCGAACCUGGCGGGGACCCGUUACAAUGUGCCUCUGAUCAACUCACUUGUGCUUUAUGUUGGCAUGCAGGCUAUACAACAACUGCAGAGCAAGUCCAGUUCGCAGCAUGCACCUGCGCAACAGAUAACUCAUGGCCCUCCUAUGGAUAUUUUUCUAGUUGGAGCGGCUAUGGAUAUAUUCCAGAGCCUAAUAAAGAACUUGGAUACAGAAGGUCGCUACCUCUUUCUUAAUGCAGUUGCCAACCAAUUGCGCUACCCAAACAACCAUACACAUUACUUCUCAUUUGUCCUUCUGUACUUAUUUGCAGAGGCAAGCCAGGACAUCAUCCAGGAGCAGAUAACACGGGUGCUGUUAGAGCGCUUGAUAGUUAACCGCCCUCAUCCAUGGGGUCUGCUUAUCACUUUCAUUGAGCUAAUCAAGAAUCCUCGGUACAACUUCUGGAACCGGUCGUUCACGCGUUGCGCGCCAGAGAUUGAAAAGCUUUUUGAAUCAGUUUCAAGAUCUUGUGGUGGGCCGAAAGCUGUGGACGAUGGUAUAGUCUCCAGUGGCAUUCCCGAUGGCAACCACUGAAUGACCAGAGACAAGGUUAAACCACGUUUACACGAUUUCAUGAAAUGAAAAUGUCUAUACGUUCUUCAGACAGCGUAGCUUUGGUGAUGAUUAUUUGUACAGUAGAUGAAUUAAAUGAAUCCCUUCUGGUGCUGGUGCCAUUUUAGAGUCAUCAAUUUGUGCAGCCUGUCUUGAGGUUGUGGGAUUGUGGUGGUGUUUUUAUAAAUCAAAUCUGAACUGGCACUGCAUUGAAGUAAUUGAACUUAGAGAGGUGCAUAAUGUGUAACGACUGGGUUGAAAAAAGAAUCGUUUUUUUUUAUUAUAUAAAUUUUAAAUGAUUCAUUGUAGACGAAAAAUGAGUUAAUAUUAUGUCAAAAGCUUUCCAGAUGCUCUCGAACAA